GAAGGACACGUCAGCUUGGACCACCUUGCAAUCAUUUGGACCAUCAAGAGUUUUUUUUUUUUUUUUUAAUAAGUUCUGGAACAAAAAUCAAGAAAAGUGCUUAUUUCUAGAAGAGUUUUGAAAAUGGAAAAAGAGGUGUAAUGUUACUUUCGGUGGCCUAAGGGUUUUGGUUUUCCAUAUAUUCCCAGCCUUCACCACCUACAUGACAUUACUGGAUUAAACACUGGGAUUAAUUUGCACAGACACGGAUCUACCAUAAACAUUUAAUUUUCAUGGCAGCAUAAGCUACGCAAGGGAUUAACUUGGAAAAGACUUUGAAACCAUGACAGAGACGGUUGAAGCCCGGUCGUCUACCACCACCACGAUGGUCAUCGACAAGAACGGAGACGCCGGGUCAGCGGCGGUACGGACGCCCAAGAAAACCUUCACAGAUGACCUCUACGCUACCUUCAGCUCCCCACUGGCCUGGAUCUUGGUUCUGGCUCUCGUUAUCACAUGGUCUUGUGUUUUCCUCAUUAUGUUUGAUCUGAUGGACCACAAGACCAUCUCAGGUCACCCACAGGCUGGCGUCAGGAAAGUUUUUAAGGAUACAGGCCGUAGAGGAGGCCUCACCAAGAUCGGCUCAGACCCCAUGAAUACGGUGACCGGUGCCGUGGAGGGAUCAGCGAACAUGAUCAAUGCAAUGUUAAAAUUUGCUGCCAGCCUGGUGGCUCCUGAUGAAGAGGAAGGAAAUCUAUAUGCAGUGAGGAAAAAAGGGGAAUUUCUACCAUCUCGAAGCAAAGUUAUAGGGAUGCAAGCAAAGGAGAAACCACCGGCGAUUGAAGUUGUGGAGGAGGAAGAGGAAGAGGAGGAGGAGGCAGAAGAGAUUCAGGAGGUAGAAGAGGAAGAAGUGGAGGCAGCUCAGGAGGAAGAGGAGGGGGAAGAGGUGGAGGAAGAGGUGGAGGAGGAGGAGGAGUAUGCAGAAGAGGAGGAAGAACUACAGGAGGAGGAAGACGAGGAGGAGGAGGAGGAAGAAGAGGAAGGAGUCGCAGAGGAGGAAGAGGAGGAGGAGGAGGAAGAGGAGGAGGAAGGAGUUGCAGAGGUGGAGGAAGAAGAGGAGGAGGAGGGAAUUGAAGAGGAGGAAGCUGAAGAGGAGGAGGAAGGAGUUGCAGAGGAGGAGGAAGAAGAGGAGGAGGAGGAGGAGGAGGAGGAGGGAGUUGAAGAGGAGGAGAAGGAAGAGGAGGAGGAGGAGGGAGUUGAAGAGGAGGAGAAGGAGGAGGAGGAGGAAGGAGUUGCAGAGGAGGAGGAAGAAGAGGAGGAGGAGGAGGGAGUUGAAGAGGAGGGAGCUGAAGAGGAGGAGGAGGAGGAAGGAGUUGCAGAGGAGGAGGAGGAAGAGGAGAAGGAAGGAAUUGCAGAGGAGGAGGAGGAGGAGGAGGAGGAGGAGGAGGAGGACAUAGCAGCUGAAGAAGAGGAGGAGGAAGGAGUUGAAGAUGUGGCAGAAGACACCAAAGAGGAGGAGGAAGAAGAGGAACCAAAGGAAGAGGAGGAGGAAAAGGAAGAAGAUGCAGAGGGAGUUAAAGAUGAGGCAGAGGAGGAAGAAGAGGGAGCUGAAACAGCUGCUGAUGAGGAAGAGGAGGAGAAGGAGGAGGAUGAGGAGAAGGAGGAGGAGGUCGCUGCAGAGGUGAAGGAUGAUGAGGAGGAAGAUGAGAAAGAACCUGAAGCAGCUGCACCUGAGGUUGAUGAAGAUGAUGAUGAAGAUGAAGUGAAAGAGGAAGCAGAAGAAGAGAAGGAAGAAAAGAAGGAAGAGGAGGAAGAGGAGGAAGAGGAGGAAGAGGUGCCUGCAGCAGCUGAUGAAGAUGAUGACGUCUCUCCUGAACCCAUCUCCACCUCUGAGGACGAAGAGUCAGACUCUGAGUCAGACGCACCUAUUGACACCAAAGACAGCGACGAAGACCUACUUGAUGAAGAUGAGGAGAAAGAUGAAGAGGAGGAUGAGGAGGAUAGUGAUGCUGCUGCCUUGACUGACUCCUCAGACAUCAGUGAAUCUGCACUUCUGUCCAGUGAGGAGGAGGAGGGUGAAGAGGAUGAAGAUGAGGCAUUAGAUAGCGAUGAUAUUGCCGAGACCAUUGAAGAUCUGGAGCUGGACCUUCCUCCUCUGCCUGCUGUCAGUGAUGAAGAGGAGGAUGAUGAUGAUUAUGAUGAUCUUAAACUUUCUGAAGAAGAUGAACUUUCCCCUCUGCCUGCUGACAGUGAUGAAGAGGAGGAUGAAGAUCUCAAAGUCACUGAGGAGGACGAUCUUCCUCCUUUGCCAGCUGAUGACGAUGAUGAUGAAAUCCUGGCUGAAGAGGUCAAAGCUGAUGAUGAUGAUGAUGAUGAUGAUGAUGAUGAUGAUGAUGAUGAUGAUGAUGAAGAUACUGCUGAAGAGGUCAAAGCUGAUGAAGAUGAUGAUGAUGAAGACAUUGCUGAAGAAGUCAAAGCUGAUGAUGAAGACCUGGAUGAAGAGGUCAAAGCUGAUGAUGAUGAUGAAGACAUUGCUGAAGAGGUCAAAGCUACUGAGGACACUGAGGAAGAGGAUGAUGACGAUGAUCUGGACCAAUCAGACGAAGACAUCUCCAUCGCCUCCUCUGAGCACUUUGCAGAUGAUGAAGAUGAUGAGGAUGACCUUGACAGUGAUGAUAUUGAUGACGCUGAGGUCGACAAACUUGAUGAAGUCACAGAAGAAGAUAUCCACGUGGAUGAAGAUGUUAAAGAGGAUGAUGAUGAAAAGGAGGAGGAAGAGGAGGAAGAUGAUGAGAUCCCUCCCCUUGAAAGCACUGACAGUGGAGUCUUGGGUGACGACGAUGAUGAUGAUGACGAAGAUGAUGAUGAUGAUGCUCUGAAAACAGAUGAAGAGUCUGCCAGCGAGGAAGCCAUAGGCACUGAGGUCUCAACUGAUGAAGAUGAUCUUGAUGAUGAGGAUGAUGAUGAGGAUGAUGAAGACAUUGAUACCAGCUCAUUUGAGAUCAGUUUGGAUGAAGACGAAGAAAAAGAGACUGAGGAGGCAUUAAUUGACACUGAUGAAGAUGAGGAUGAAAUCACAUCUGAGUCUGUAGUCAGUGCUACUCCUGAUGAUGAGGAUGAUGAUGAAGAUGACGAUGACGAUGAUGAUGAAGAUGAAGACGAAGACGAUGAUGACGUCUUGCUGGCAGCCGCCCUCGCUGCAGCAGCAACCAGUGUCCAGGAGGAGGCAGUAAAGACUGAGGCAGACAGUGAUGAGGGUGAGGAUGAAGAUGAAGACACGACUGAGGAGGCUGAAGCAGAUAAAACCGUGAGCAGUGAACCUGCUGCCCCCGAGGAGGAGGACGAGGAGGAGGACGAAGAGCCAGAGAGUGAAACUCAGAAAACUGUAGAUGAACCUGAAGAUAAAAAAGAGGAUGAUGAAGACGAUGAAGAUGAUGAUGAAGAGGAGAAGGCGACGGUGGAUGUCAUCAAACCUGUGCCUGAGCCUGAAGAGGAAAUAACGGAGACUGAGCCGUCAGUGUGUUCGUGUGUGGAACCUGUUCCUACUGUCAAAGAGACUGAGACCAAGACUGUGGACAAAAAAGAGGGUCCCAGAAGGGUUUCCGCUGUGAGAAGGAAGAAAGACAGAGACGUCUCAAAGUCAGAUGAAAAGCCAAAAAGGGCAGGUCUUCCUAGGAUCGCAAGUAUGGACCAUAGAGUCCGGAUCAGGAGAAUCCCUGCAUUCCUCAGAGGAAAGAAACAGGCAAAGAACAAGGCUUCUAAAGCAGAGCCAGAGGCACAAAAACCAACAGAGGAGCCAGAACCAACACAAGAAGUGGGUCCUUGCAAACCUGCACCUGUUUACUGUCCGUCUCCACCUGGCUGGUACGUUCAUCACGUAGUCACGGACAAUCCCUACCCUCCACCGACUGUGUCAGCUCCUUCUGCUCCUGUUGUGACUCAGCACCCAACACCCCAACCCGGUCCUGCACCGAUGCCACCUCUGUAUCCACAGUCACUGCUACAGUCGCUGUUUCCACAGUUCUUCUACCCACAGCCAAUGAUGCAGCCUCCACCAGAGCCGGUCCAACCAGCUGAACCGGUCCAGCCCACUGAACCAGCUGAACCAGUCACAGCAGCUGAACCAAAACCAGAGGCUCCCGUUCAGCCUGAGGUUCCGACUCCAGCUGCAGAACCUCAGCCUACUGCAGCUGUAGCUCAAGAACCAGAGGCUGUAAAGGUAGAGACAAAGGAUGCACCAACCAAAAAAGCUGCAAAGAAGAAAGCGAAGGCUGCUGAUUCAGACAAAGAGGCACCAAAGGUGGCCAAAGAGAAAACAAAGAAAGAAGCUGCUGUUUCAAAAGAGAAAGCCAAAGAACGCCCUGCAAAGAAAGAAGCAGCAGCAGCAGUUAAAGAGAAAAAGAAAAGUCCUGCAGUGGUUAAGAAAGAACCAGCUGUGAAAGAGAGAAAGGCUGCUAAAAAAGAACCUGCAGCUCCACGACAGAAAAGGAAGUCAGUGUCUGAAAAGACAGCAUCUUCUGUCAAGAGCAAAGCCAAGACAUCUGCCGCCAAGAAAGAACUAGAAGUUCAUCCACAGCCGAUCAGAUUCAGGUCCAGAUUUGAAUCUGCUAAGAGGGCGAAUGAAACGUCUGAACCAGCCAAAACAAGACCAAAAACUGUGUUGGAGAAGAAAAGUAAAGCUGAAAAGAAACCUGUCAAGGAGGCUCAAGAUAAAGGAGAGAAACAAACACCACCACCCAAAGAGCCCCAGCCUGACAGUGCAGAAAAGAAGAAACCAGGACAGAGAUACUUCCAGUGCGUUUACAUCCCAGGCAAAGGCGCCCAGUACCCCUUACGACCUUUCACCCCGGCCAUGUCUCCUGCCAUGAUGUCCCCCGCCAUGAUGUCCCCGGCGAUCAGAUCGAUGCUGGAGCAGCAGAGAGCGGCCAGGGCGGCGGGCCAAUAGGACAACCUGACCUCUGACCUCAUUUCUGACAGCGCUGCACCGCACCACUGGGCCAGCAGGGGGAGUGUUUUUACCCUUAACCUCUGAGGAAACCACAGACAGUCAGAUAAAAGCGAGAGCAAAAGGACUGAAGUACUUUGUCUUUAAUUUAUUUAUGUAUUUAUUUUCUCUGUGGUUGAGCUCCUGGGGUUUCAGAAGAUACAAAAAAGAACACAUUAUGAAUAUUCUGUGUACUGUACAUAAUGCAUAUAUUUGUUAUUUAAGGUAAAACAAUAAGUACAUUCAUUAGCACAUUGAUUUCCUCUUCACUUUUGCACUCACAAAUACCUUUGAUACAUUAUUUUUGUCAGUGUAGCUCGGUGCUUGGACUGGCCCAAUGCUCACCAGUUUAAAGUUUCUGACAGUCUGCAAAAAAAGGCCAGUGUUCUGCUUGAAGAAACUGUUUGUAAAAGAAUAACUGCAGCUGUGUGAAGUGCUACGAAUUUACUGAGAAGAGCUUUAAGGUUUGUAGCACAUGCUUACAAAUCAACAGAAUUUGUAAUAUGUAGUGGAAAUGGAUGACUACUUUGAGUGUUAUGUUUUAAUAAUAACCAUUUCUUCUCUCAAAUACAGUUCUUAUUUAUGAUUCUUGCCCUGAAAUGCUGCAUUAUGCAUUAGACAUUCAGCAGACUGCUGGUUCAGAGAACUGAUAGCUUUUAUAUUUACAUAAAGAAUAGACACUUAACAAUUACAUUAUAUUUUUACAAUUUAAAAACAGGUAUUUUAAUAGAUAAAACUGCACAUCAUGCUCAGAACUUCACACAGUUUGGUCAUAAAUACAAACAAUGGAACAAUCUUUAAGCUUCAAGUUAUUUCUUAAGUCAUCAAAAUAAAAUCUCAGUUUUCAUUCUUAUAUUUAAUGCAAACUGUUAAUUUAGAAAUGAAGACUGAUAUGGACUAAUAUAUCUCUAUUAUAUCUAUUUUCGUUAAUGGCAAGCCUUCAAAUCUUUAAACCACUAAAAUGACAAAUAUCUGCUUAUCUUUGGUUUAUAUUCUAAUCUGCACACAGCUUUAAUAAAAACACCAUUUCAUGUGACAUUUAAACAAACUGUUCGUACAGUACAUUUUACUGGUUUAACACUAACAGCUUGUGUUUUUGCUGCUUAGAUGUCACAUUUUAGCAUGCAAAUGUUGGAAGGUCAAAUCCCAGGAGCUCCCACACCUGAUCCCAGCAGACGCCCUGUCUCUGAUCAUUAAUCCAACAGGCUCAUUACCAUGUGGCGGUACCGCAGCUUUAUCAUCAGGGAGGAGGAAAAAGGAGGGUGAGCUCAUGGCUGCAUGUGGCAAGAACAUCAGGGAGUGUCUUUGUUUGGGUCAUUCGCAGUAAAAGAUAGAUUUCUGUGCCUCGUUUCAGCCACAGUUUUGUUCUUUAAAGUUGGUCAUUUGUGAAUAUGAAGUUUACAGUUUAUGAACCACUCCAAAUACUGAUAACCUGAUAAUUAAAAGCUGCUUUUAUCAUUAGUUUGUGGUUAUGUAGAAGCAGAUUUGUUCCCCAACUUCAAUACUAACAGUCAAUAUGAACCAUUAUCCUCUAGUUAAAAGACAAGUCGACCAUAUGUGGCACAUUAAGGCUUCAUUUGCAAUAAAAUAAUAAAAACACAGGAAUUAGUCUUGAUAAAAACAGUAAAAACCUAACAGUGAAAAAUUAAAUAGGAACUACACACAGAAUAUGGGUAAAUAGAGGUCAUGAAGGCAAAUUAAUGUGGAUAACAAAAUAUAAUACAAUUUGGUUAAACAAUAAAACUAAUUAAAAUAUAAAUAAAGACACGUUAUUACUAAAUAAGGCAGAAUUGGAGAUACAAAUGAAUACAAUUUUUUGGGCAAAAAAAACUAUACGACACAUAGGAUAAAAGAUCCCUCUAGUCUCAUAUACUGACUAUUAAAAGUGUAAUACAUAUGCAAAUGAAAAUAAACCUGGAUCCAGUGAAGAAGCAAACACUUUAAAGAGGAAAUGUGUUUGUUUUCAAUUUUGCUGGAAGUAAAUAUUGUAAAACAUAAACAUAGUGUCAUGAUAAAGAUUUGUAUUUUAAUAUUAGGUGUAAAUUUGGUCCAGUUUUCCACCUUUUUGUGACCUAAAGUGCAAUCUCAGUAACUUAAUCCAGGAACAUGGAUUAAAAAGACAAUCAAUAUAUUUAGAUCAUUUAUUAUAAGACUGACGUGUUUAUGAUCAGACGAAGUUUGGAGACGGGGCGUCUGCACAUGAUGAUUCUGAUGUGACCAAUGAGACGCUGUGAUGUCUGCUACAGUGUGUGAAUGUCAUUUGUGUCAUUUUUAUCCAACUGUGGAUCAUAUUUAUUUAGCCAAAUAUUUUCAGUUACCUCACUCGUUCAUAGCCCUGGUUUUGUUCAUGACAGUCACAGUCCAUCCCAGUCAUUAGAGUAAAAUGUGGCUGUUGUAUGUUUCUAAAAACCACACUAUAAUAUCAAAAUUAUUUAUCAUUUGAUUAAGUAAGAGUAAUUUUCCAUAAUAUCUGAACUUCCUACUUUAAAAACGUCUUAAAACAAACACGUUAUUUUAGUUUUAAUGCAUUUGAGAGUAAUUAUCAGUUAUUUUUCUUUUGUAUCGUGGAAUAACACUGUGAAGGAUUUUAAACUGAAAACAGACAGAACAAUAAAAAAGGAAAAAUAAGUGCAAUGCAAUGUCAAAAAGGGCUACUUUUCUACUUUGAGUAUAUUUCAGAGUCACGUUUACUGGAGUAGAAGAAGUUCAAUCAAUACUUACCAAUUUCAAUACCACAUGAUAUAUUUUUUAUGUAUUUGAUAACACAUAUACACAUGUAGAAAUGCAACUAAUGUAAUGCAUAACAGCAUUAAUAAUUAUAAUUAACAGUCUGUUCUACUUUAUCUUUUAUUUUACAAUAGAUUCAUAAAGACUAAAAGACCCAGACACGAGAAACAAACAAUAGUGCAUAAACAUUGCGUCUAUAAGUGUCAUUACCUAAACUAAACACAUACAGUGUUAAAUAAUGAUGCAUGAAGGUUUUUUUUUGACUGAGCUGACAACCUUGAGCAAUUACAAGUCUACAAUGCUGACAUAAACAUCUUUAGAAAACCUGACACAUGUUGAGAUUUUACAUAUCUGUGGUUUGCAGAGACAUACAAUGGUAGCUUUUCAUUCUUGUGACUGAAUUGGAUGGUUUUGUUGUUGUUACAAAACCGUUGCUGAUGAUUACCAGCAAUUUGCUAUUGUCUUACAAAUGAAAACCUGCUGUUAAGAGAGAUACUGUAAAAAGGAUGGAACAGCAGAAAAGACACACACUACGAUGUUUUUAAUAGUGAUGUGUGACACUUCUGAUCUCCUGCUGAACCACCGAGACCCUUUUAGUCAAUCUACUUUCCCUUUAUAAAGACAUUUACAGUCACGGAAAAAAUCAUUAGACCAUCAAAAGUCAUCAGAAACAAUGGUUCUACAAUCAAGUACUAACUUCUGUGUGUAUCAUGUGACUAAAACA